AUGGCGGAAACACACCAGUUCGAUGUCGCAAAAUUGUUCUCAGUAAAGGGCUGGGUAUGUGUUGUGACGGGAGGUGGCACGGGAAUCGGCCUGAUGGCAACCCAAGCUCUCGCUGCGAACGGUGCCAAGGUCUACAUCACAGGCCGACGGACUGAAGCCAUCGAGAAAGCUGCCAAGGAACACAAUCCGAACUUCUCGAGCGGCGGCAAAAUCAUCCCUGUGGGUCCAUGUGAUGUCCGCAAGAAGGAGGACCUCGAGAAGGUCGUUCAGGAGCUACAGACCACCCACGGCGAGAAGUUCAUCAACCUUCUGGUCUGCAACGCCGGCGUCGCAGGACCGAAGGCCGAGCCCGAGGAGGAAGAUGCCUCUGACCUGAAGAAGAAGCUGUGGGAAAAUGAGAGCGUCGAGGCGUGGCAGAGUACCUUCGAGACUGACGUGACAAGCGUCUACUUCACAACCGUGGCGUUUCUCCCACUCCUGCAGGCGAGCCUUCAGCCAAAGGGGCCGCUGGAGCGGUUCCAGCCGAGUGUGAUCACCAUCUCGAGCAUGUCUGGCCUGAUGAGGCAUGCACAAGGUCACUUCUCAUACAAUGCUGCCAAAGGAGCCACGGUGCACUUGUCUAAGCUCAUGUCCGCGGAGUUUCAGCAAACUGGGAUCAGAGUCAACUCGAUUGCCCCAGGUUACUUCCCAUCAGAGAUGACUGCCAAGAGCUCAGAUGAUAGGCAAAAGAGCGAGUUGCCUGCAGAGAAAAUCCAGGAGAAGGGACAUGUUCCAGCAGAGAGGGGUGGCAGGGACCAAGAGAUGGGCAUGACGGUUCUUUACCUCGCAAGGAACGACUACGUGAACGGAGAGAUCAUUGCGGUGGAUGGAGGAGUCUUGAACGUUGUGUCUGGCCGGUAA